AAAGUGAACAGUUUAUAUUUGAUACUUUGAUUCAUAAGCAGUCCUAAGUUGAUUCAAAUUUUCAAAAUGAAAGAAUUAAUUUCUGUCGUCAAUAAACUGCAAGACGUAUUUAACCAAAUUAAUGUUGCAAACACAUUUGAGUUGCCUCAAAUUGUAGCUAUUGGAAGUCAAAGUUCAGGAAAAUCUUCAGUUAUCGAAUCAAUUGUUCGUCGUUCAUUCUUGCCUCGUGGAACUGGCAUAGUUACUCGAAGACCUCUGGUUUUGCAAUUAGUCAAGACUUCACCAAAUUCUGAACAAAGCGAAGAAUGGGGCGAGUUUUCACACAAUGAAGAAAAGUUCACGGAUUUUGAUGAAAUUUGUAAAGAAAUUGAACAAGAAACUGACUUUGAAGCCGGAGAAAACAAAGGAAUUAGUGAUAAACCAAUAAAUUUGAAAAUUUUCUCCCCUCAUGUUGUUGAUCUGACUUUGGUGGAUCUUCCAGGAUUCACAAAAGUUCCAGUAGGCGAUCAACCCGGGAAUAUAGAAAGGCAAAUUAAAAAGCUUGUGUUUCAUUACAUUUCGAACCCAAAUAGCAUCAUAUUAGCAGUUUCUAGUGCAAACGCAAAUAUUGCAACAAGUGAAGCAAUAAAAUUUGCAAAGGUAGUUGAUCCGGAAGGGAAACGAACUUUGGGAGUUCUUACAAAACUUGAUUUGAUGGACAAAGGCACCGAUGCAACUGCCAUGCUAAAGGGAGAUAUUAUUUCAAUGAAUUUGGGAAUAGUUGGAGUUGUUAAUCGAUCACAACAAGAUAUCAUUGACAAAAAAGGAAUUACAGAACAAUUGAGAGAUGAAGAAGAGUUUUUUGAGAAAUUCUACCCGAAAUUAGCGAAACAAAAUGGAACUCCGUAUUUAGAAAGGUCAUUGAGUGAACGAUUAAUAAAUCAUAUUAAGGAAUGUUUACCGGAAUUGAAAAAACGAAUUAAAGAUAAACUUUCGCAUUAUGAUCAAGUAAAGCAAUCAUAUGGAGAGAUGAUCAAAGAUGGAGACGACAGUAUGCUUCUUAAAAUCAUCAAUAUAUUUGUUUAUCACUAUCGAAAAGCUAUUGAAGGAUCAAUUGAAUACGACACAAGGAUUUAUAAGAUUUUACAUGAGAAAUUUGAAAAUUCACUGAAACUGAUUAAACCGGAAGUAGAAUUUAUAGAGAAGAUUGACAUUGAAAGUUUAUACUCUUCAAGUCUUCGUCCAACUCUUUACGAUGAUCCUAGUUUUGAUGCUUUAUUUCAAAAAAAUGUGAAAAAGUUCAUUAAAGAACUUCGAAAUCCUUCAUUGCAUUGUAUCGAAAUGAUUUUAAUGGAAAUGAAUCGAAUUAUUGAACAUUGUGGCAAAGUAAUGGAAGCACAUUUCACACGAUUUCCAUAUUUACAGAAGGCAAUUGUUGAUGAAAUGAGUGAACUUAUUGAAAGUUUCCGACAAAACACUAAGAAGAUGACUGAGAAUUUGAUUCACGUUGAAGUUGCAUACAUUAACAAGAUUCAUCCAGAUUUUGAUAAAUCACCAGUGAAUCACUCUAAUGUUAUCAAAGAUUGGAAAGACAUUAAUCGAGUGUUGAAAAAUGGGGAUAAAAAUAACGAAAUCAGAAAAAAGAGUUCAUUAAUUCUUGAAAAUCUUGUGACAUCUUAUUGCAAUAUUGUUCAAAAAGAUAUUCAAGAUUUCGUGCCUAAGACCAUUAUGUGUUUUCUCAUUAACAAUGUUAUCGAAGAAGUUGGAAGUCAUCUUAUCACAAAUGUCUACAAAGCAAGAAAUUCAUCAAAUUUAUUAACAGAGGCAAAACACAUUGAAUUGAAACGCAAGGAAGUGAACGAAAUGCUUCAGGCUUUGCAAGAGGCUAAUAAAGUCAUUGACAGCAUAGAUAUAAAUUUGGGUUCUACCAAUGCGAAGCAUUUGGAAAACGGAGAUAUCUAA